AACACAGAUUGGUACACAUGAGAAAUCAGUGGGCAGUUAUCAGAGCGAGCCUGUAAAACAGAGUAUUGGCUCGCUCGUGUAAGGAUGUACUAGGUACAUUCGCAUACCGAUGCAUACGCGGAUCUGAUGGUCAGAUCAUCCGUAUUAGAUGGAAUACAUAUAACCUGGGAGAUUAACAGAGCUUAUCUCGCGAUAGCCUCGUCUCAGAUUGGGAUGUUGCUUAUUUUAGGUAAAGCUGCGUGAUUAACACUUCUUGGUGCAUAUAAGUCGGGGCACCCAAGAUGAUCGUACCCUAUGACGAAUGAAUAUAAAAGCUUUAUGUUUCUACAGGAAUUCGCGUGAACUCGUCUUACUACAUUCCUGCAUUCCAUUAAAAUGUCUUCGACACCGCGGUUUGUCAUCUCUCCUGUAGAUUUUGACCGAGAUUGGGACGAAUUGUUCUUGGCGUAUUGGGACUCGUGGAAAAAGCCACUGCAAGCUGUUGGGCAGCUGACAUUUGCAGGGAUCGGUACAGGUGGUUUGGAAGAGGAGGCAUCUUUUGCCGCCACGAAGCAGGAAUACCUAGCUGCGGCAUUAGCCAAUCCUGAUCAAGACUGGAUCAAGAUCGAAGAUAUGGACCACCGCAUCAUUGGAGGCGCGGCCUGGACGCAGAUCCGACAGGGAUCCGACCAACGUGCAAAACAUCCUAUGGAUGUUCUUGGGACGCGUUGGCUCCCUGGGCCAGGAUUUGAGCCAGGCUCAGACCGUCACGAACUAUCCCGGGAACUUUACCUGCAGAUGUGGAGUUGGCGUCCAAGGAUAAUGAAUAGACCACAUGUGUAUGGCCAAGCCUUGUGGGUGUUGCCCGAAUACCGACAUACUGGCGUAGCCGCACAAUUUAUGGACUUCUUCGUCAAGGUCGUCGAUAAGCUUGGCCUAGAGGCUUACCUCGAGGCUUCAUCCAUGAGCACGUCACUCUACCUCAAGUAUGGUUUUGUCAUCAUCAAGUAUCCGACUCUGGUCUUUCAUAGAGACAAUCCAAGUCCAGAUUGGACCAGGCUUGUCCACGAUAUCCAGAGUCACCCAAUUAGUAUAAUGUGGAGACCUAAGGGUGGCAAGUAUGAGGAAGGAAAGACGAUUCUGCCAUGGCUUGGCAAGCCACGACAGGCUAAGCUUUGAUGUCAUUGGUAUCCUUAGAUUACCUACCUAUAGUUGGGUUUCAGCCAUGUAUUCAUCCUUCCUUCA